AUGGGAGGUCUUUGCCCAAAAGGAGAACAAGGCGACAUCAUUCACUUUUUCAUGCUUGGCAUUGAAGGCGCCGGCAAAACGACAAUAAUUCGUCAGCUGAAAUGUUUAUGCAUGCAGAAACCGCACAACUAUCAGAUGUAUGAUGAUUAUUGGAAUAUCGUUGACCGAGAGAAAAUCUUUGACGAACAAGAACUCGAAGGCCUCAAAAAUGUGGUUCGAAUCAAUUUGUUGACCGCCGUCGCCGCUUUGAUUAAACGAACGCGUGAAAUGGAAUCUGACGAGAUUUUGGCGAAUUCAAAUGCAGCAGAGGAAAUUCUCGAAAAGUGCACCCAGUUAUACGAAGGAGACGUCGAUUUAUAUGAUUCCUCAAACCAAAUCGAAUCCAAAUUUGGGCAUUUCAUCAUCGAAGUACUUGCAGAUCAACAAAUCACACGAACACUCGAGACUGCGACGGCAGGUGUCAAAAUUGAAGACGGAACUCGCUAUUUCAUUAAAGACGAGGGCCGGAUCAAGAAUAUUUUCAACGAUGCUUACCAGCUUACAAACGACGAUAUCGUGCACGUGAGAAAACCUACAGUAUCAUUUAAAAGCUACAAAUUCCGCAUAAAGAAACUUCGCGUUGAAAUUCAUGACAUGGGAGGUCAAAAAAGCGAAUUGAUAAAAAUUCCACAAUUUAUGCGGCAGUUUUUAUCAACCAGCGGACAAUGCUUUUUGCUUUAUGUCUCGUCAUUGGCAGCAUUCCAAGAGCCCGACAGAGACGCCAAAGGACGCACUGUUCUCGACAAAAGCGCCGCCAUUUUCAAGAACGUCCUCAAUCUCGACGGCGUCGAUCAGUGUACUGUUAUGAUAUUCUUCAACAAACAAGAUCGUUUCGAAGAGAUUUGUCAAGAAUUGCUGAUGAAUGAGAACGACGGCGGAGCAGGAAAAAGACAAAUCGAGAAAUACCUUGGGGUGGUUCCGAAAUCGCACAAAGAAGGAAAAGGCGACAAGAAAGGAAAAGACGACAAAUAUGGAUACCUCAAAGACUCGAUUCGGAACCGAUUUAAGGAGAUUCUCAAAAAUCAUAACGAUAAGAAAAGUUACUACAUGAAAUACACACAAGCAACCGAUUCGCAAUUGAUGUCAACUAUAUUCUACGCCGUUGAGAAUGAGAUCAUUUCCUCAUUUUUCACACAAGCGCGAUUGUUAUGA